UCUCGUAGUAGGUGGUGACAAAGUAACUCUAUUGGUCAAUUAGCAAGGAACUUUUACUUAGACUCAGGUUUAAGUUCAAUAGUAAGGUAAAGGGGAUAGUUUCAGAGAUCGAUUUACACUGCUUGCCAUACCAACACGUUACUGGUCGAUCAGUUUAUAGAUGAUCGUUUCUAUACAGUACCUUGUUACUACUACAGUAGCAUUGCUUAACAGCUUAUUCCGUGGUUACUAUUUGCAAGUCGCAAGCUAGCCCAUAACAGUAUCAACUAGCCCUAUGUUAUCACAACUUUAACAAAGCAAUCAGCAAAGGUUCUUAUCAGUACAGCUGUGUUUGCGCGCCAAAAUGCACGCUUAGAAACUAGAGAUAUCCGCACUCGGCAGUACCUUAGAAGUUUAGAAGUAAUAGAGCUGGUGAGUUACGUCGUGUAAGUCCAAAUAUUUUUCAUUUGAAACGUAAACAUGGAGACAACAGACGAGAAAAACAGGUUAGGAAAAAUUAAAUCCUUUAUAAAGACGAAAACUGAUUUUUUAAUAGAAUAUGAAACAGGAGAAUCGGCGAAAUUGACCAUUCUGAACCGACACGUAUUCAGAUAUCACAUGUCGCCGACCGGGAACUUCCCUGAGUACCCUACGCCUAACAACAACGAUGAUGAAGCCAGAAUAAAUCACAAAAGGGUCAGUGAAUACGAGACUGAACCGUUCAAACUCUCCCUGCUCGAAGAAGACAAAGAAUUUCACAUCGUCGAUACUAAUGAGAUAAGAAUACAGUUUGAUAAAACGAAUAGUGUUAUGUCGAUAGUCGAUCGGAGAACCGACGAAGUGGUUCUCAAAGAAUACCAACCAAUAUUCUAUGACUAUGGCGUCAUCGUUCAAGAGUUGAAACAACACAACAAUGAAUAUUUCUUCGGAGGGGGCAUGCAAAAUGGUCGCUUCAGUCAUAAAAAUGAGGUCAUUGAAAUUGUAAACAACAACGAGUGGGAUGAUGGUGGUAUUGCCUCUCCUUGUCCAUUCUUUUGGUCCACGCGUGGGUACGGCGUGCUCCGUAACACUUGGCAACCAGGAAAUUAUGAUUUCGGUUCGGAAAACAAAGACAAAAUCGAAACUAUGCAUUAUGGUGAAGAUUUCGAUGCAUUUUACUUUAUAAAUAAGAAACCAAAGGAUAUUCUAAACGAUUAUUUCGAGCUAACUGGAUUCCCUAUAUUUAUGCCAGAAUACGCGUUUUAUGAAGCCCAUUUGAACACCUUCAAUCGCGAUUACUGGGUAAAGGUUACGCCGGAAACGAAAGGCGCGAUCUUGUUUGAAGACGGCGAAUUUUACAAAAGUUUUCAGCCCAGCGAGAUCGGUAACAAAAAAGGUAUAUUAGAAUCAUUGAACGGAGAAAAUAAUAAUUACCAAUUUUCCGCGAGAGCUAUGGUAGAUAGAUAUCGAAAACACGAUAUGCCACUAGGUUGGUUCAUACCAAACGAUGGAUAUGGCUCGGGUUACGGCCAAACGGACACGUUGGACGGCGAUAUCGAAAACUUAAGGGAAUUCGUGCGAUAUUCAAACAAUAAAGGGGUACAAGUUGCACUUUGGACCGAGUCUAACCUCGAACCCAAGGAUCCAAAAAAUCCUAAGAAAAGCGAACGAGAUCUUUGCAAGGAAAUUAGCGUAGCAGGGGUCGUCGCUUUGAAAUGUGAUGUGGCUUGGAUAGGCAGCGGCUACUCUUUCGGGCUGAACGCAGUCGAAAAGAGCACGAAUAAAUUUACUGCUAGCACUAGAAACAAGGCUAGGCCCCUGAUAAUAAUGGUUGACGGUUGGGCUGGAACUCAGAGAUACGCAGGCAUUUGGAGUGGAGAUCAAUCUGGGGGCGAAUGGGAAUACAUACGUUUCCACAUCCCCACUUACAUCGGUACCGGUUUAUCUGGCCAGCCUGUCGUUGGUUCAGAUAUGGACGGAAUUUACGGCGGUGGGCAUAGAGAAAUUAAUAUUCGUGAUUAUCAGUGGAAAACUUUUACACCAUUGCAACUAAAUAUGGACGGCUGGGGUAAUACACCGAAAACCCCGUUCAGCUUUGACGUUGAAUCAACGAACAUAAACAGAGCUUACUUGAAAUUGAAAUCUAUGUUACUACCUUAUAAUUACACUAUCGGUCACGAAUCAACUAAAGGUUUGCCAAUGAUAAGGGGUAUGUUCUUGGAAUUUCCGAACGAAAUACCUGCCUACACGUUGGAAUCGCAAUACCAAUACAUGUGGGGUCCAAGUCUGUUAGUAGCCCCUAUCUACUGUAACUAUAAGUCCUCGGAUGGUGAUUCAAUUAGACAUGGAAUUUAUCUUCCAAAUCCAAAACAGAUAUGGAUUGAUUUGUUUACGGGUGAAAAAUAUAUUGGCGGUAAAAUCUACAACAACUUUAACUGCCCGCUGUGGAAGAUUCCCGUUUUUGUUAAAGAUGGUGCAAUCAUACCGUUCGUGAACCCUAAUAAUAAUGUAACUGAAGUACAAAGGGAUAAAAGAAUAAUUAGAAUAUAUCCGAACAAUGAAACCACCUUCGAUAUUUACGAAGAUGAUGGCAUAACUACUGAUUAUUUAGAUAGAAUAUCGGCUACAACGCGUGUUAAUGUAGAAGGUCCACCUUCUAAUGAGCGCGGCGACUUAUACAUACACAUCCACAAAACAAAAGGAUUCUAUAGAAAUAUGGUUGUAAAUCGAUCAACAAUUUUACAAAUCAUCGUAUCUAAAGACGUUGAGCUUGUAGAAGUUUUGGUCAAAGGAGAAUCCAUUAAAAUUAACAAAGUUGAAACUGAUGAAUCAUUCGAAAAGAAAGAGAACAUUUAUUAUUACAAAAAAGAUUUUUACGCGAACCCGUAUCUUGCGGAUUGUGGUGGCGAGGCAAUUAAGCAAAAAUGUGUAUUAAUCAAAAUACAAAAGGUCGAUAUUACAGUAGAAGAUAUAAUAAUAAAAGUGAACGGAUUCGCAAAUGAAACACCUAUAUUGGGUAACGUUGUAAAUAUUGACAAAAAUAUAAAAACACCCGCUUCGUUUACCGUUGAGGAGAAGAAAAUUACUGGAAACAGUAUUACUUUAAAAUGGAAUGAAACAGAAAACGCAGAUUACUACGAAAUAGAAAAAGACAGCUUUAUUUAUAGCUAUAUAAUCGGUGAUAUAUUCACAUUCAACGAUCUGAAAUGCCACAGCGCAUAUUCAUUCAGAAUUAGAGCUGUAAGCCCCGUUGGCGUAUCAAAGUGGAGUUAUUUGAUUACGGUCGAAACAGCCCAAAGUUUGUAUGAAAAUGCCCUAAAAGACGUACAGGUUUCAUGCAAUAUACCCUGUGAGGGUGGCCAGGAGGUACAUAAUCUUACCAACGGUAAAAAGAGCAUAUGGCACACAUGUUGGUCCAAACAACACCAAGCUUACCGAGAAACAGGCGGCGUCAUUAGGCUGACUUUCGAUUUAGGGGAUAUUUACCCAAUCAAGUUAAUAGAAUACACACCGCGCCAAGACGCCGGCAACGGAACAAUACUGCUAUUGCAGUACAAAUGUUCUAUUGAUGGGGAACAUUGGACUAAAGAUUCCGAUCCUAUAAAAUGGGAUUUAGAUAAUAAAGUCAAGACUAUUGCACUAAGUGGCGACAAAUUUAGAUACAUUCAAAUACACAUUUUGAAGUCGAUAGGUGGAUUCGGUUCGGGCGAAUCUAUCAGGUUCUAUCCAUAAUUGAAAUUCAAAGAACAUUGUAAACGAACAAAAACAUUUAUUAAAUAUAUAUAUUAUUUCAUUACAUUCUUAACUAUAUAGGUAUUUAAUUUUCCUGAAGUUCUUCGGCAUUUCUCACAGCGAUUAUAUUACAAACAUGCGAAUUUCUAUCGAAAACGCAGCUAAUAGACAGGUCUUCUAACACACAACUGUAUUCGUGAUCCGGAUACCUGCCUCUGACGUAAUUCGACCUUGGAUCUUCAGACAAAAGACUUUCAAUGUUACUUUUGAAGGCAUCCGCUCUAUCCCCAAUUAAGUCAUGAAGACGGGCCAGUGCAUCAUCAGUGAAUCUAACGUCGUAUCUCUGUGAAGCAGGGUUGUUUAUCCACGCGGCCACUCUUAUGCCGUCGUGCCUUAUACUUUGAUUUGCCGACUGCGGUGGAGUGAACCUUUCUUGACCAUCCGGAUCUCCGCGUUCAGCAUCCGGCCUACGUAAAGGCGACCUUGGAUUCCCAUCAACGUGGUCGACACCAGAUGGGGAGUCCGGAAAUUCUGAUAGUGGGGCUUGCAUGUUGCUGAGUCUUGACUCUGGUGAAGGUAUAUCUUCAAAUGGACUUCUACAAGGAGAAUCGAUAUCGAUUGGUGUCGCAAUUCUGGAACUUAAGCCGUAAAGCGUAUGAAAAGUGUAGUACUUUACAACAUACAGAAAUAUUCCAAUAAAGCUUAAUAUCGUACAGAACUGUUAGCACCUUAAAAAAAUCUUGGUAUAUAAAUACUCAAGUUUCAUGUCCUAUUUCAUGCCAUUUCAUAAUAAAAAAUUGCAGCAUACACUUUAUCGUUUUUGAAGUUCUCAUUUCGUAUGACAAGAAAUUAAAAUUAAAGAAAUUAUGAAAUGUAACAAAAAAAAAGAGACUACCUACAUUUGAAUUAAACCUAACGAGUUUUAUUUUCUGUCUUGUCAUCGCUGUUUAAUUCGUUUACUAACAAGUUAAAUUUAUAUUUGAAUUACAUCAACAUACCUUCCAAUGUCUAACCUAUGGUCACCAAUAUUAACAUUCACCAUGUCAUCGACCACAUUGCUUAUUCCCUCUGUCCGUGGUCGAACAGAGCUUGUUGCUUCAUAUGGGUAGUCGUAUUGUGGAAUAUAAGGUUUUAUGUCCAGAACGGGUGUGCCAUUAACCAUGUCAACGCCCAAAAAGUGUAUUUUGUUACCUAUUGAACAAUCAUGAAUAUGAAUAAAACUUUGAAUAAUAAA